UUUAGAACUGGCACAUGGAGAUUGAGGGUCUUCAUGCCAAUUGGUCAGUAGGACUGAGAGGCCUGGGUUCUAACUAGUUCUUCUGACUUGAGGUCGGGAGAAGAGAGAAUGACCGCUGCUAUUAGGACUGAGGAGUUCUGAACACUGAAGAGCUGGGGAGGAGAUGGUUGCAGUGUAUAGCGUGUGAUCUGCUUGUAACAGUUUCGUUGCAUUAUACUAAGGGUUACUCUACCUAGAAAAGGGCGGAGGUAAAAGGAUGCAACGCAACGCUAAUUUCACCAGCGGAAGAAGCGGGUACAGACCUUAAUGAGUCCCCGUUUUGAUCGACUGAUAAGGGAAUGGGGAAAUUGAAGCCAGGACUCGAUGCAGAUUGGCUACGGAUCCAAAACGCCCACUAACCUUGGCCCGUCCCAGUCUCCACCCCAAACCUGACUCAGGUGAAAAUGGCGCCACGCGCGGGGGCGGGGCCAGAGGUACAAAGAGAGUGCCUAUUGGUUGGGAGCGGCACGGGCCGCCUUCUUCGCUUCACCAUUGGCUCGCUCUGUAAGGCAAGAGAACCCACUAGGGGAUGAGCCCGAACUAGGGAUGUGACAGAGCAUGAGACCCAGCAUAGAGAGAGCCCGGAGCCAGCGUGGGAGGCCGCUGCCGUCGCGCGCCUUGGUUGACGGCGUUGCACGCUCUCGCGGGGAGGCUCUGGCUUUCCAAACGCUGGCACCGAGGGUUUUUCUGUUCCUUUUUUUUGUUUGUUUUUGUUUUAACUUCCUGCCUAUACACACGCAGCCAUCAGCCCACAAAGACAUGACUACCAACGCGGGCCCCUUGCACCCAUACUGGCCUCAGCACCUAAGACUGGACAACUUUGUACCUAAUGACCGCCCCACCUGGCAUAUACUGGCUGGCCUCUUCUCUGUCACAGGGGUCUUAGUCGUGACCACAUGGCUGUUGUCAGGUCGUGCUGCGGUUGUCCCACUGGGGACUUGGCGGCGACUGUCCCUGUGCUGGUUUGCAGUGUGUGGGUUAAUUCACCUGGUGAUCGAGGGCUGGUUCGUUCUCUACUACGAAGACCUGCUUGGAGACCAAGCCUUCUUAUCUCAACUCUGGAAAGAGUAUGCCAAGGGAGACAGCCGAUACAUCCUGGGUGACAACUUCACAGUGUGCAUGGAAACCAUCACAGCUUGCCUGUGGGGACCACUCAGCCUGUGGGUGGUGAUCGCCUUUCUCCGCCAGCAUCCCCUCCGCUUCAUUCUACAGCUUGUGGUCUCUGUGGGCCAGAUCUAUGGGGAUGUGCUCUACUUCCUGACAGAGCACCGCGACGGAUUCCAGCACGGAGAGCUGGGCCACCCUCUCUACUUCUGGUUUUACUUUGUCUUCAUGAAUGCCCUGUGGCUGGUGCUGCCUGGAGUCCUUGUGCUUGAUGCUGUGAAGCACCUCACUCAUGCCCAGAGCACGCUGGAUGCCAAGGCCACAAAAGCCAAGAGCAAGAAGAACUGAGGAGUGGUGGACCAGGCUCGAACACUGGCCGAGGAGGAGCUCUCUGCCUGCCAGAAGAGUCUAGUCCUGCUCCCACAGUUUGGAGGGACAAAGCUAAUUGAUCUGUCACACUCAGGCCCAUGGGCAGGCACAAGAAGGGGAAUAAAGGGGCUGUGUGAAGGCACUGCUGGGAGCCGUUAGAACACAGAUACAAGAGAAGCCAGGAGGUCUAUGAUGGUGACGAUUUUUAAAAUCAGGAAAUAAAAGAUCUUGACUCUAA